AUGAUGCUGUUAUCCUCAUCAGUUACAAAAGUAGAUUGCUUCCUUGGCGUAAUUUUGGGAAUUUGCCAUGCUGCUUUGGUACACAUAGUGUAUCGCUAUGUUCCUGAACCCUAUAUGGAUGAGAUAUUCCACAUUCGUCAAACGAGAAGAUAUUGCAAUGGCGACUGGACUUGGGAUCCAAUGAUUACCACACCACCGGCUUUGUAUCUACUAGGAAUGCCAUUUUGUGGUUUUGAGCGCUACACAAAUAGUGUGCUCGUCGCGUUAACGUUCGUAGGAUUCUGUCGAUUUCGAAGGAUGUUUACGACGGAUUCUGUGCAUACUUCCGCACUUGUAGCCUUACUUUUUCCGGUUCUAUUCCAUUCAUCGUUGCUGUUUUACACCGAUUUGCUCUCAGUAUGUGCUGUAGUAUGGGGAUUCUCGUUGGAUUCUCCACUUCUUUCUUCUCUGUCUUUUGGAGUGGCUGUCCUGACGCGACAAACGAACAUUGUGUGGGCUGGUUUCAGUGCUGCCAUUCGCCUUUUCCGAGGUAUCGACACGUCCAAGCCAUUCUCUUCACUGUUUCAUUCGCUCAUUAGUCUUUCUUCUUUUAUAAUCCUUGCACUUUCUUUUGUUAUUUUCGUUUUUAUCAACGGAGGCAUUGUCCUUGGUGAUGCUUCCGCUCAUCAUCCACGUUUACACCUCUCCCAACUCCUCUAUCUUGCUCUCUUUAUAGCCAUUCAUGCUUGGCCUCAUGCUCUACCGCGAGUGGCCAAGUUAGUGCCACAAUUGGCUCGACCUCUUCCCAUUCUUUUAGUGGUCCCUAUAGCACUGGCAGCGCAAUAUUUCGCAUAUGACCAUCCAUACCUAAUCGCGGACAAUCGCCAUGUUACCUUCUAUCUUUGGCGUUGGUGGUUGUCCAAAUCUGUUCGUCGAGUGCUUCUAACGCCAAUUUUCUUGUCUUCUUUCAUUUUUAUGCUGGAAUUAUGCGCACACCUCUCUCCUUUAUCGCGCAUUCUUUUUACUUUAUGCUCCUUUGCUGUUGUGGUACCGGCACAUCUCAUUGAACCUCGUUAUUUUAUAGUUCCGUAUGUUUUAUGGAGGUUAUGCGCCAAAACUUCCACGAAUAGAUUGCUGAUAGCAGCCGAGGUAAUCUCGCAAGCGAUUGUUUUUAGUUCUGUCUUUUAUCUAUUUCUUUUUAAACCAUUUGAAUGGGCCAAUGAGCCGGGGGCAAAACAAAGAUUCAUGUGGUGA